AUGAAACAUCGACGCGGGACGAAAGAAGGUGGCAAGCAAAUAAGAAAACGGCUCUCGCAGUUUCAUUGGUGGCUACAGGAUAGAAGCAGGUUGGUGCGCUGGGUGGUUCUUCUGGAUCGACGCCAGGCGUCCGCCGAAUUUAGCACCGCGACGCUGACUAACUCGCGUGGCAUUCAUUCAAUCGCCGACCAAAAAGCCCGCUGCUUGCAUAGUCUCUCGCUGCAUAGUCUUCGUUUGCAUGAACGAAUGCCGCUCGCAUUGCACUCAGAAAACUUCACUUUCCAUUUUUCCCUUCUCAUUUUUAAACGCUUUGCAAGUCGUUUUAAAUGCGACUCUAUCACAUAUACAUACUUUAAUAUCAAAAGGUAUACAACAAUCCUUUAUCGUGGUUCAUCACUUAAUUACAUCGAUAAGAAACAAGAUAAACGGAUACAUAGACCUCCAGCCUAUCUUCCCCCACGUGUUUCGACCCACGUCGAAAGAAAAAAUAAAUCUUCAUACACUUUCUUACGAACAUGUAACAAUUUAGUUGAAAGAAACUCGGUAUAA